UCACAAUCACAAACGUCAAAAUAGAACGGUUUUGUCACUUGUGGACAUGUGCUAAAAAAAUUUUAUAAUAAAAUCCUUACAAGAAAAAUGAGCAAGAAAAAUAAAUCAACUUUGGGUAGAUCUUUAAUAAAAGAUCAUUAUGGACAAGCAAAUCAUAAAAAGAAAGUUAACAAUGAUUCAAUGUUACAUACAACCGAAGUUCAAGACGGCUACGACUGGGGUCGUCUCAAUCUUCAAUCCGUAACCGAAGAAUCAUCAUUUCAAGAGUUUCUUCGUACAGCCGAACUAGCAGGUACUGAAUUUCAAGCUGAAAAACUUAAUAUUGCAUUCGUUAAUCCCAAAAGCAACAUUGGUUUGCUGUCGAAAACCGAAGAGACACUUUUGAAAAAGAAACACUUUGAUAAAAAAGAUUUAUUGAAAAUUCCACGUCGUCCCAAGUGGACUCAAUUUACUACAGCUGAAGAUUUACAAAAAGCUGAAGGUGAAUCUUUUCUCGAAUGGAGACGAAACAUUGCUUUGUUGCAAGAAGAUGACGAAAUGCUUAUGACUCCAUACGAAAAGAAUUUAGAAUUUUGGAGGCAAUUAUGGCGCGUAGUGGAAAAGAGUGAUGUCGUUGUUCAGAUUGUCGAUGCUAGAAAUCCAUUACUCUUUCGUAGUAAGGAUCUCGAAGACUAUGUCAAAGAAGUCGAUGAUGCUAAAAUGAAUAUGAUUCUGGUAAACAAAUCGGAUUUACUGACUCCUGAACAAAGACAAAUCUGGGCAGAGUAUUUUGAUAAAGAAAACAUCAAGGUAGCAUUUUUUUCAGCUGUUCAAGCAGAAGAAGAAGCUAAAGCUGCAAAGUUGAAAGAACAAGAGGAAGAAGAUGAAGAAGAAAAAAAUGCCCAAAACUCUGAUGAAGCCGAAGUUGACGAAGAUGAUGAUGACUCAAAGGCUAUUGCAGUAGAAGAAUUAAGAAAAGCUACCGAGGCAAUAAUAAAAGGCUUGGAUAAAACUGAAGAACAACUGAGAACAAUUGAAAAUCAAAUUGGAGUUGUUCAAAAAACACAAGGAAAUAGUUCGCAACUCCUUAACCGAGCUGAACUUACAGAAUUGUUUAGAAAUGUUUAUCAGGGAACAAAGAAAUUGGAAAAUAUUGUUACUAUUGGUUUAGUGGGAUAUCCAAAUGUCGGUAAAAGUAGUACUAUAAAUGCUUUGAUGGCAGAGAAAAAAGUAUCUGUUUCGGCAACUCCUGGAAAGACGAAACAUUUUCAAACUUUGUUUUUGGAAAAAGAUAUUAUGCUUUGUGAUUGUCCUGGUUUAGUUAUGCCAAGUUUUGUAUUAACUAAAGCCGAUAUGAUAUUAAAUGGAAUCUUACCAAUUGAUCAGAUGAGAGAUCAUGUCCCGCCAGUCAACUUGUUGUGCGCUCGCAUUCCAAAACAUAUUCUUGAAGAUAAAUAUGGUAUCAUAAUUGCUAAACCAAUAGAAGGCGAAGAUCCCAACAGACCUCCUCAUGCAGAAGAAUUACUUUUAGCAUAUGGAUAUAAUCGAGGAUUUAUGACAGCAAAUGGACAACCCGAUCAGUCACGGUCUGCACGUUAUGUGCUUAAGGACUAUGUUAAUGGAAAACUUCUCUAUUGUCAUGCCCCAAAUGGAGUUGAACAAGAAUCAUUUCAUACCUUUCCAGCUCGUGUAAGGAAAGAAAUUGAAGAGGAAUCACUUCCCAAACAACAACAAAGAGCUAUGCGAAUAAAUAAAAACACUGCUGCAAAUGAAAUAAAUGAUCAAUUCUUCAAGACGAACAGUGGAGCACCCCACGCUAAAGGUCGUGCUAGUUUUCCACAUAUUGGUAAUAGUAGUCAAGGUGAUGUCGAUGGACAAGCAACAGGUGUCCCCAACAAACCAUGGCGACGACCCAAAAAAGAGAAACGUGAGAAACUUCGAAAGAAGUUUGUUCACUUGGAUCAGCAUUAGUGUGUUAUUUUUAAUUUAUUUUUUAUUUCUUAAAGUAUACCUAACAUUGAA